CCGGGCGUCGGGGCGUUUGCGAACCGAGACCCCGCGGGCUUUCCCGAGCCUGAAGCUACGACGUGCUUCUGUAAUCUGCUUUAGACUGCGGAGUUUGUUUGGAUGACUCGGGAAUUGUUACCUGCGGCAAGGUACGGCGUCGCGUUUCUGAAUUUGUGAGUGAGCGACUCCUCCUGAUGGUGCUCGAUCCAUGUGCCCAAAGCAAAACAAACAGCUCUGGAAAACAGGAGGGAAGAUUGUGUGUUCUCCUGAGAAGACCACAAAUUUGCUCUCAAAUCCUGUACAUCUAGGAUGUUGAGAAUUAGCAAGAAGCAAGGACUACCUGGCUGAUUUCAGUUGCUGCAGAAACAAACGUGUGGGUUUAUUCCUGCACACGCAGAUUGGGUCUGAAGGUGGUCAUCGCUGGUUACAUACAAGGCUGGUUCCGGAUGGAUGCAAAAUGAGAUUUGCUUGUGUGGCACUGUGAAUCGUGAAGUUGUGCAGCAGCUAUGGUGCAUAUCUGGUUUUGCCCUUAGAGUGACCCAGUGUCAGUUUGGAAGGUAUAUAUUUAUUCUGAUUCAAGAUGUCUGCCCCAAGGUUGAUUUCUAACAGAACCUCCCAGCAGGCCUUGUCUAACUCGGAUUACACUUGGGAGUAUGAGUACUAUGAGUAUGGACCGGUGUCAUUUGAGGGACUGAAGGCUCAUAAAUAUUCCAUUGUGAUUGGAUUUUGGGUUGGUCUUGCAGUUUUUGUCAUCUUCAUGUUUUUCGUCCUGACCCUGCUGACAAAGACAGGAGCACCACAUCAAGACAACGCAGAACCUUCUGAGAAAAGAUUUCGCAUGAAUAGCUUUGUGGCAGAUUUUGGAAGACCUCUAGAGUCAGAGAGGGUCUUUUCUCAUCAAAUAGCUGAAGAAUCUCGGUCACUUUUCCAUUUCUGCAUUAAUGAAGUAGAACACUUGGACAAAGGAAAACAAAGUCACAGAGGUAUGGGUCUGGAGAGUAGUAUUCACUUCCAGGAAGUUCCCAGGAGCAGUGGAAGAUUUGAGGAUGACCUAAAUUGUCUUACAAAAUUUAACAUUCCUAACUUUGUGAAUACUGAGCAGAACUCUUCACUAGGUGAGGAUGAUCUUCUCAUCUCAGAGCCACCUAUCAUUUUAGAAAGCAAAUCGGUCUUGCAGUCUUCCCAUCGGAUCCUUGACUGAAAAGUCUUUUACUUGAAGGUAAAAAUUCCCAUUAUCGUCCAGUUGAAAGCCCUUCUCAGCCCUUUGCCUAUUUUGACGGAAGCUAUUUUCAGACCUAUGCCCACGUAUUGCGCUUUUUAUUGUGAAUACUGGCUGUGCUGACAGAACUCAGUUUAGACCGGAAGUAAAAUACUGAAUGCUUUAUUCUGAUGUCUUCUGUGGUCCAAGCCCCUUUCUCAGCAUUGUUUUUGCUUUCUGCUUUCUGUUUUUAAAUGACUGCUUUAUAUCCCGCUUUCUUAAAACCAUAAUGAUCUGUGGUGACUGUGAAAGCUGGAGCCUGGCUUUGGGAGAGGUAGGAAAACUCUCCUUGGCCAAGAAAAGUGUAAACUCAAUCAAGACUGAAGCAAGGAAUAAACAAGCAGCCCUUGGGGGCGUUCUGCACCUUUUGAUAGCCCCAAAAAGGAUGACUGAAACCACGAGCAGCACAAUGGUAUCUGCUUGGCGCUAAUCUCUGCUUCUGAUUCCUAACUGUUUUUAGAUGCAGCUGAAACUCAGUUUACAAAGCAUCCAAAGAGACUACUUGGCAUAUUAAAUUGUUCAGUUAGUGUUUUACAAAAUGCUACCGUCAUCUGCUGCUGAAUAAAAAGCAAAUUGGUGUCUGUAGUUACAUUACUUCA